ACGUCCGUUUUUAGAAUUAGCAGACGGACGCAGCUGGUUGUUGACCACAGGGGACGCGCCAAAGACCAAAGGAGGGAAAUCAGACAAAACUGAUAUUGGGCACACCUCUUAAUUUGUGCCCACAGCAAGUCUGGAAAGAAAAACGGAUGUGAAUGACCCACAGGUGACAGACAAUGCGCGCACAUGAGAAAGAGCAAAUUCAUGCGUGCGUAACAGGGAUGUAAAGGCAAACAAAAAUCUCAGCAGAAGUGGAAAUGCAGACAGUAAAGCUCAGGACUGUACCCGUGAAGAGAAAGGACUAGCACGUCACCUAUCAGAGGCGUGAAAGCAGCGCCUGACCAAAGCGAACCGAGCGCGCGCGCAGGACACCGAGAAAGUUCGUGCGUAAAAGCCAGACGCGUCGCUGCACAGGAAAGGAAUGAAAUUAGAUUCUGAAGGACUGCUCUCUUGAGGUAAACGGUCAUGGAAACUGACGGCUCUGCAGGGUUGGUGAAAUCAGCCGCCCUGAAGUUGUCCGAAAUGGGCGAAAGAACUAAACAGCUGGGCAGCGCGAUGCAAGACCCCAAGCGGAAGAGAAGGCUCGUUCUGGUGAUCGUCUGCGUCGCGCUUCUGCUUGACAACAUGCUCUACAUGGUGAUAGUUCCGAUCAUUCCCGAUUACCUCGCAGAUUUAGAGACCGAGCAGGCGGCGCGCGCACAUGCCAACUCUUCGCUGGGCAGAGCAAACAGGGACAACCUGGACAUACAGAUAGGGGUGUUAUUCGCAUCCAAGGCCAUUGUGCAACUCAUGGUCAACCCCUUAUCGGGAACUUUCAUUGACCGCGUUGGAUACGACAUCCCGCUGCUGAUCGGACUUCUGGUCAUGUUUGUUUCGACCUGUAUAUUCGCGUUUGCUGACAACUACGGGACCCUGUUCGCGGCGCGCAGCCUGCAGGGUCUGGGCUCAGCGUUUGCCGACACGUCUGGGAUCGCGAUGAUUGCGGAUAAAUACACGGAAGAAGCGGAAAGGAGCCGCGCGCUUGGGAUCGCGCUCGCGUUCAUCUCGUUCGGGAGCCUCGUGGCGCCUCCGUUCGGCGGUAUCCUGUAUGAAUUCGCAGGUAAACGGGUCCCGUUCAUAGUUCUGGCCUCUGUGUGCUUGGCAGACGGCAUUUUGCUCUUGACUGUGAUCAAACCUUUUUCUAACAGGACGCGCGAGAACAUGCCGGUCGGGACGCCCAUUUACCGGCUCAUGAUGGACCCGUACAUCGCCGUGGUGGCGGGCGCUCUGACCGUCUGUAACAUCCCGCUGGCGUUCCUCGAGCCCACUAUUUCUAACUGGAUGGAGAACACGAUGAACGCCACGAAGUGGGAGAUGGGUCUCACCUGGCUGCCUGCCUUCUUCCCGCACGUGCUGGGGGUUUACGUCACUGUCCGUUUAGCCGCCAAGUACCCGGAGCUGCAGUGGUUCUACGGCGCGCUCGGGAUGGUCAUAAUAGGGGCCAGCUCCUGCACUGUGCCUGCCUGCAAAACCUUCGGCCAGCUGAUGCUUCCCCUGUGCGGAGUCUGCUUCGGUAUCGCUCUGGUGGACACGGCGCUGCUGCCCACUCUCGCCUUCCUGGUGGACGUGCGUCAUGUGUCCGUCUAUGGAAGCGUCUAUGCCAUCGCAGACAUCUCGUACUCUCUCGCCUACGCUAUGGGACCCAUAGUAGCAGGUCAGAUCGUACACAACCUGGGUUUCGUUCAGCUGAACCUUGGCAUGGGUCUGGUGAAUGUGCUUUACGCGCCGGCCUUGCUGCUGCUCCGGCACGUGUGCCAGAUGAAGUCGUCCAACUCGGAGAGAAACGUGCUGCUGGAGGAAGGACCGACGGGACUUUAUGACACCAUCCGAAUGGAGGAGCGCAAACUCAAGCGAAAGGGCUUGUGCACAACGACGACUAAGCCGUGUCCCGUGGACGAGGACGGGCUCUUCGAGCGGUCCAAAUCUUACUCGGAGGAGGAAUCGUCGGGACCCGAGCUCACUUAACGCCAAGACGUGACGCAUUUAUUUUAGUGACCCAGAGAUUAUAUCGCAAACAUUCAGCAUCUGAUGUGCAAUAUUUAUUCCCUCACUCAUGACUGUGUCCGCUCAGAGAUGUGUGUCUUUUAUGAUUUAGAUAGAAACUGUAACAUUGGGCUCUGGGCGACAUUCUCUCCUGUAGUGUGUAAAAGAAGAUGUGAGUAGAUGAAGUGCUGCGUGAUGUAACUCCACAAAACUCAAAUAAAUCUAGUGCUUACAUUUCCAUACAUGUGCCUUUU